GGGGUCAUGCUUGGUAACGACAAGCAGGCAGAAGGAUAUCCCAAGUUGAGCGGGGCAUCCUGGUAUAAAAACGGCUCUCCUUGCAGGACAUUGGAUUGUGCGUUGACCCAGAUCAUACGCAAACAUGCAUUCCCCUGGUAAAUCCCUGCUUGUCCUUGUGGCCCUGGCAUCCCUCGUAAGCCAAGCCUGCGGCAGCCCAGUUCUCAACGACGCGUACCAGCAACUACUCCGCAUCCCCGCAUCCUCACCAUCAGUUUUCUUCCAGGAUGGCUCCUCCAUCCCCGAAUCAACUGAACCAUUCACACCGGGCAGCCGCGAUCCCUACGACAGCAAAGUCGACUCAGUCGGCCAGAACCUGCACCCCCUCCCCUGGCGCAACGGCGACGGCGCCACCAUCCAAGGCCCCCGCAACAAAGAUCGCGAGCGCCAGAACCCAGACAUGAUCCGCCCACCCAGCACAGACCACGGCAACAUGCCAAAUAUGCGCUGGAGCUUUGCAGACUCGCACGUACGGAUUGAAGAAGGCGGCUGGACGCGCCAGACGACCGUCCGCGAGCUCGGGACGAGUAAGGAGCUGGCGGGCGUGAAUAUGCGGCUUGAUGCGGGGGUUAUUCGGGAAUUGCACUGGCAUCGCGAGGCCGAGUGGGCGUAUGUGCUUUCUGGAAACGUGAGGGUUACGGCGCUGGAUUUGGAGGGCGGGAGUUUUAUCGAUGAUCUUGGGGAAGGGGAUCUGUGGUAUUUCCCCGCGGGCCAUCCACAUUCGUUGCAGGGGUUGGGGCCCAAUGGGACGGAGUUUUUGCUCAUCUUUGAUGAUGGGGGUUUCUCCGAGGAGUCGACUUUUUUGCUUACGGAUUGGAUGGCACACACCCCCAAAUCCGUCCUGGCCGAAAACUUCCGCCUGAACCCCCAAAUCUUCAAAAACAUCCCCACAAUCGAAAAAUACAUCUUCCAGGGCUCUACUCCCUCCUCCAUCCCCCAAGAACGCCCGCCCGCAUUCCACCCCUCUACCCAGCGCUUCACGCACCACAUGCUCGCCCAAACCCCAAUCAAGAGCAGCGGCGGGACCGUCCGGAUAACCGACAGUUCCAACUUCCACAUCUCCAAAACCGUCGCCGCUGCCCACUUGACCAUCCAACCAGGCGCCCUCCGCGAGAUGCACUGGCACCCCAACGCUGACGAGUGGUCGUAUUUCAUCCGCGGGAGGGCGCGCGUGACGAUCUUUGCUGCAGAGGGGAAUGCACGGACGUUUGAUUAUGUUGCUGGUGAUGUGGGCAUCGUCCCGAGGAAUAUGGGGCAUUUUAUCGAGAAUCUGAGUGAUGAGGAAGGGGACGAGGUCGAAGUACUCGAGAUUUUCCGUGCAGAUCGGUUUCGGGAUUUUAGCCUUUUGCAGUGGAUGGGCGAGACGCCGAGAAGGAUGGUUGCGGAGCAUUUGUUUGAAGGGGAUGAAGAGGCUGCGAGGGAGUUUUUGGGGAGUGUCGAGAAGGCUGAGAAGGAUCCGAUUCGGGAGGCUGGGGAAGAGUAGGAGGCUUGUCUUGCCUUUUGAAUAACUAUUGUAUCGAGGCGUUUCAGUAUAUCUAUCUAUCAUAUUGCGGCUAUGAAGAGUAGACAACUAAACCUGUCAUGAGCCACU